AUGAACCAGCUAUUUGCCAUAAAAACACCCAACUUCUCUAAGGCGAUCUUCACUCUCGAUUAUGCUUCUGAUGGUUUGUUCAUUGACUUCUUGAAGCAGUCCUACAACGACUUGUGUAUCUGUUGGAAUGAUCCCCAGGACUAUAGCCAAGGAGGUGAACGAACUUUUUUUUCUGAAGUUUUCAUACAACAGUUCAAAUUGUUUUCUAAAAUGACGAAGCUCCUACAAUUCAAAUGGGUUGAGAAAAAACUGAACAACACUGACUAUAGUUGGCUCGUAAAGAAAGAUUAUAUUAAGAAAGAUGUACAGUUAAAAUUGCUUGAUGGAAUUGGCAUUAUGAAGAAGAAGAAUACCAAUUUUAUUAUGCUGGAAUCCUCUGGUGUUGGCCAAGACGUGCUUGCUCAUACUCUGGAAGACACAAUUAAAAACUUAAAGCAUGGUACAGAUUCAUUGACUAGCAUCCUGUGCGAGUAUAAGGACUGUAAUAUGAAGACUGCCAAAAACAUUGUCGUCUUAACUGGACAUGUGAUUGGAGAGAAGUUGACGAUAAUCAAAUAUUCUCCGGGCGAAAACCGCAAAUGGAAUGCUGUAGAAACAAGAUCGUGUGUUGUACCUUUAACCUUUGAAAGAAGAAAAGAAAGCAUCAAGCUGUUUGAAUUGUUUGCAUAUAUAUAUUUAACAUUAGAGCAGCAAGAAAAAGUUUAUGAUCAAUUAACAAAUGAAAAGCUAGGCUUUGAAAGUGUCAAAGAAGAAAUGGUUCAGAACAGUGCAUGUUUCAUUUAA